AUAAUGAACAAUAUCGAUUAAUUCUUCAUUUCUCAUAUAUAAAAGUUUGUUCCAUCUUGGAGCCAUCUUUAAAGUGAUGAUUUGAGAAUCACAAAGACUAUAGGAAUAACAAAUAAGACAUAUAUUAUUGAAGCGGAUGCUACACCAAGUAAAAUAAUCUUUCGUCAUUUUGGUGAAGUUGGAGUUGGAUUAUUUUUGAACAGAGAAUAAGAAUUAGAGAUUGCAAGAUAAGUAGCAAAAUGUAAAAUGGGACCACAUUUUUAUGGUCACACCUCUCAUGUAUUAACUAAUUUAAUAAUAAAAGGUUCGUUUGGAAGAAUACCUUGAGAAUGAGGUCAUGAGUUAAGAGUCUAUGAAAGAUCCUGAGACUUAUGCUUUAGUGGCUUAAACUUUAUGUAAGUUUCACUAGAUAGAUAUAUCUUGUCAAAUGAAAGACAGAACACCUUUGUUUGAAAAACAUUUGGAAGAAAAUUCAGAUUUCCUAUAGCAAGUUAGAGACAAAGUUUUUUCUAAUUUAUUUUCAGAAGAAGAAAAAUCUAUUCUAUCUAACAUGGCUAAUUGGUUCUCAGAAGAAGAAGUUUCAUUUUUACGAUCAAUUCUACCAAAAGAUGACAUUGUUUUUUCUCAUAACGAUUUAUUAGCAAAUAACAUACUAUUGAUUCCACCUGUAAUUAUAUAUACUUAUUUAUCAAUUAGAACUUUGAUAAGGUUGUUUUCAUUGAUUUUGAGUAUUCUUCUUAUAAUUUCAGGGGAUUUGAUAUAGCUAAUUAUUUCAUUGAAUCAUAAUUUAGUUAUUAAAACCCUAAUCCACCUUAUUUCUAUAUUGAAGAGGAAAUGAUAGAUGAAGAAGUAUUGAAAGACUUUGUUAAAGUCUAUAUUGAAAAGUCAGGCUUGCAAUUAGACUAUCAAAAUUUACUACAUUAAGUCAAAAUUGGGCAACUGUUCUCGCAUUUCUUUUGGGCGUAUAUAAUUUAUUUAUAAUUUAUAGAGCAUGGGGAGUCAUUAUGGCUAAAUCAAAUGAUAUCGUUUUUGAUUAUCUUGCUUUUGUAGAAGUUAGAUAUCAUAAAUAUUACUAACUAAAGAAGCAUCUUUUUGGAAAAAAAUGAUUAAAUAAUACAUAGUUUUAUUAAUAUUU